AGGUGGCGGUCCGGAAUCUAAGCGACGGGGCGAGACGGGGCGAGACGGGGCCGGUAGGUGGCAGGAGGGGGCCGGGCCGGAGCCGGCGGGAGGGCCAGACCCUGAGGCCCCCGCCCUGGCUUGCCCGCCCGGGCCGCAGAGGAGAAAAAGGAGGAUGAUCUCCAGAUACACUCGGAAGGCCGUGCCACAGAGCGUGGAGCUGAAAGGACUAACAAAGCACGCUCUUAACCACCGUCCCCUUCCAGAGCAGCUGGAUGACAUUUCCUCUACCAACGACAGCCAUGAGAAAGAUACAAGUUCUCACAGAAGAGUCCGAAGAGGAGAAGAAACUAGCACUUUACAGGUCAACAUUGUUGGAACUGAAGAGAAGGAACUUGACCAGAAUGCCACUGAGAAAGUGCAGGCCAUGUUCACAGCCAUCGACGAGCUCCUAUAUGAGCAGAAGCUGAGCGUGCACACACAGGGCCUGNAGAAAGAGUGCCAGCAGUGGGCUGCCAGCUUCCCUCACCUCAGGGAAGAGGGAUUUCAUGGAAACAAAUCAGAAGCAGCUACAGAGAAACAGAAAUUAGGGUACCCUCCCAUUGCACCAUUUUACUGCAUGAAAGAGGAUGUUCUUGCUUAUGUGUUUGACAACGUGUGGAGCNAGGUUGUGGGCUGUAUGGAGCAGUUGACACGUCNUCACUGGGAGGGAUUUGCUUCUGAUGAUGAGAGUAACGUUGAAAUUACCAGACUGGAUUCGGGAAGUCCCUAUGUGCUGAACGAACAGCAUCCUUUGGUCUUACCUCGAGUGCUGCAGUCUAAAGUGCCGUCAAUCACCUCGAGUCCGAUGAGUUUCUGUCAAGCAAGUGGUCAUCAGCCAAACGUGAAUGGCCUCUUGAUUCAUGGGAUGCCUCUACAGCCAAGGAAUCUCUCCCUGAUGGAUAAGCUCCUAGAUCUUGAUGACAAGCUACUUUCGAGGCCUGGGUCCAGUUCCGUCCUUUCAAACCGAAAUUGGCCAAACCGUGCCAUGGAGCUUAGUACGUCAUCUUUGUCAUAUACAACGCAGUCUGCCAGGAGGCGCAAUCCCCCGCCACGUACCCUUCAUCCGAUCAGCACAAGCCACUCACGCGCUGGAACGCCAUGGCCUGCAGAAGAAAUCCUCAGAGGACCCUGGGUUCCAGUGACAGCAGACACACUCUCGUCUCCCUCACCAAUGACCUUGGGUCGGAACAAUCUGCUGCCACCCAUUGGGACAGCUGAAGUAGAACACCUGAGCACCAUGGGGCCACAGCGGCCAACAAAAUCCCACGGUGACUCCAGCCGAGCGCGAAGUGCAGUGGUGGACGAGCCUAACCAGCAGCCCCAAGAGAGGCUCCUUUUGCCUGUCUUCUCUAGACCCAACACAACUCAGUCAUUUUUGCCAGACACACAGUACCGAAGUUCAUGUGCAUCCGAGUAUCCUCAUCAGGCCCGACCUGGCAGGGGGUCUGCAGGUCCUCAGUCACAUGGGUCUACAAAACCUCAGAGCAGAGGUGGACCCAUCUCUAGAACCAGGCAGUGACCGACCACAGGGCAAGUGAGAACCUGCAGGGUUGCUGCAGACUUGGGAGCACAUGGAGACUUUUCAUGCCCCAGCAUUCAGGCACCGGAUGA